UUUUUUUUUUCUCUCUCUUUCUCUCUUUUACUUUUUACUAAUAUAUACCUUUAUAAUGAGUCAUUCACCUAAUUUAAAAGCAAAACCAAAGAAGGGGAUUUUAAAAAAGCAUAAGAAUCCUGCUGAACCAACACGCUUGAGAUGGGAUGAGGCAAAUAUUGAACUAACAGAAGCUCAAAAGGAUUCUACAAUGAAAGUUAAUGAACCAAAAACACCUUAUGUUCGUUAUAAUGCUGAAACAGAUCAAGUACUUAACUUAGAAGAUAUUCCAGAUAUUCCAUAUCCAGAAGAAUUUACGUUAGAUGGAGAUGUUGAAUCAGACAAAAGCAGUGUAGCAUCUAACGGAGAAAAAUCACGUAGACGAGUUUCUGUAAGUGAUGAUGAUUGGGAGAUGGAUGGGGAUAAUAAAACAGAAGAAGAAGAGGAAGAAGAGAGAAAACGCCAUGAAGAAUUCCUUCGUAAAAGAGCUAUGCAUUAUCAUAUGGGGGCAGCAUUGCGCCAUGAUAUUAAUGAUGAUGAUGAUGACGUUGAUGGAGAUGUACCAGCAUUACCUAAUCACGAUACUGUUAUGAAGGAUUAAAUUUUUGUAUAAAAAUAUAGUGUAUAUCUCUGUUUUAUAUAUUUAUACUUGAUAUUGAUUUCAUUUUGAUAACAGCAUGUUUUUUUUUGGUUUUA